CUUUGACAUAACUCCAAUGGCUUUCCUGCUUAGCACAAUCGAUUGGGACAGCAUAUAUCACAAGGGCCACGUUGGGGAAAGGUGUCAGUUACUUCUGAUUUUGUAUAAAAAGGACGUUGGAGUCUUUCUGCAUUCAACAACUAAUUCCAGCAGCUAAUUCCAGCAAGUCUAGGACAGGAUGAAGGCAACCACUUUCUAUGUUAUCUUAUUUUCCUGCUGGAAAAUGAUUUAUUGUAAUUCCUGUGAACUAUCUAAUAUUACAAUAGCUGUGGAGAAGGAAGAAUGUGGCUUUUGCAUCCUGGUGAAUGCAACUUGGUGCUCUGGGUACUGCUUAACGAGGGAUCGAGCUAAUAUAAUCCUUCCACAAAAACAUGUCCAGAAUGUCUGCACAUUCACGUCAAUUGUAUAUGAGACUGUAAAGAUCCCAGGAUGUGCUGGUCAUGCGGAAUCCUUUUAUUCCUACCCAGUUGCUACAGGAUGUCACUGCAACACCUGCGACACAGACAUUACUGACUGCACCCGGAGAGGCUUGGAGCCAAAUUAUUGCUCCUAUGGCCAGCAUCAGAUCAUGGAGUGAGGUUUCAUAAUGUUCUUUGUAAUGCUUGCUUUGUAAAAACAUUGUCAACAACAAAACUGUGUAAAGAAUAUAUCAGAAGCCAGCAUAAAGGCAUAAAGCCAGCCCAUCCGCUUUAUAUCCAAGUUGCAUUCCUCUUCAAUAUCCUGGCCGGGGAACUUCAGUGUUAUAUCUGACACUGCAAUGUUUAAUGACCUUUAAAGCUCACAUCCUCCAAAUUUAUGCAGAACCAUCUUUCCUCCAGCUCUGAUUUUUUUUCUCCCACUUCCAUUAUCAGCUGAGUAUUCCCUUUAUUUCUCUGCUGAAUGUCAGUAUUGCCAUGCUUACUGUACAUUUCAUAUUAGUCUCCUGCUUAUUAUUACUGUCUACAUGAAGAACCUAGUCUUCAGUUUCGUGAUGAGAUAGCACGCAGCUUUGAUUUCAUUAGGAUUCAGCUAUAUGUAAUGUGUAGCAGGGCUUGGAAGGUUGUUUAGAUAGUGGAUAGAUUAGAUUUACUGAUUUCUAAAUUGCAGUAGAUCAGCAAUUAUUUAGCAAUAGCGGCAACAAAGACUGCCACAUUAUAGCUUUCCUCCCUGAGAUUUUUACUGUUGAAUAAAGAAAGCAUAGCAUAAUCACAGUAGAUUUUGGGGUGGAACAAUAGUUCUGGUGCUCUGAACAAAUCCCUGAAUUUGCAAUUCUUUUGUACUAAGCUUCUGUGAAUUUUGGGCGUCUAGUUAAAAAGAAAAACACUAGUCAAAUGUUGUUUACUGUUCCUAUAGCUUAAAUAUUGUAUUGUGAGUUUCCAUGUAUUGAAGAGUGUAUUUUUAGUAUGGUGCAUUUCCUAACACCCCACCCCCCGCAUCCCUCCAAAGACCUGGAAUAAUAAUGAAGUAGAUUUUCAGAGCAAGUGCAACUAUCUGGUUAGGUAGUUGCAUUAAGUUGUAAGAGGACUCGGUAUGAAAUAUUCAAUUAAAAAUGUCCAUUGAUUUGUUUCAGACACUUGGUCCAUCCAAAAUGGACCAAGCCUCAUU